AUGGCCUCAGACGCGGCAUCUACUACGCUCGCACAUAGAAGUGUCGCUAGUAUUCGUGGAGGUGCUCCUCAGGGGCCUGGUCCUUCUGCUCCACACACUCCAAACCGCUCUUCUGUUGCACCCGUACCCAGCUACGGCUCACCAUCAACUAUUCGUGCAGAUGACGAGAUCAUUGUUGUUGAGAUAGGAUCACGACACGUCAGAGUUGGCUUUGCUGGCGACACGUCUCCCAAGGCGUCCCUUCAGUGCAGCCCAGAAGAUCAACGUCGAGCUGGAGACUUUCGAGGUUGGCAACAAUCAAAGCCGGCAGCUGGACUGCAAUGGUCAAAGGAGCAUGAGUUUUGGCGAUAUGAUUUGAGAGAAAUUGAGCUCGGUGCGUUCCAGGAUAAGCUGGAACCCACUUUGGAUAUCAUGUUCAACAGAUUUCAGUCACCAACUGUGUCACUAAUGUCGACACCUACCAUGUCAGCCAUAUCAGCAGGUGUCCGAUCUGCCCUAGUUAUCGACAUGGGCUGGGCAGAGACUGUGGUCACCAGCAUUUAUGAAUAUCGAGAAGUGAAAACUACACGCACAGUCCGAGGUGGCAAAGCUCUUCUCGAUUCCCUCUAUACAACCAUGGAGGGCUUAAUACCAGGGGACCAUGACGCUACCAAGAAAAGAGCGAUUGGUUUCAAAGAAUGCGAAGAUAUCAUGUGCCGCUUGAUGUGGUGCAAGCCAUCAGAGUUCCGUUCAGCCCAACGGCAGUCGACCCAGCUGGAAACUGUGGACGAGCAAGAAGAGAUUGAAGCCGAGUCAGCGCAAUCUGGUCUUCCAGCUGGAGUUGCCCAAAUAUCUAUCAACACUGCAUCUCGUCCGUUGACGGUUGACCUUUCCUUUGAGAAGCUCUCAGAGAUUUGCGACGACACCUUCUUCGAUCCUUCAGCAGACCGGGCGACAUUUGACGACGACGAACUCCCACUGCACCUCCUCUUAUACAAGCAUCUUUUGCAACUACCGCUUGAUGUGCGCGCCAUCUGCAUGUCACGGAUCAUGUUUACAGGAGGUUGCUCCAAUAUCUUGGGCAUCAAACAAAGAAUCAUCGACGACCUAACAGCUAUUGUGAAGAAACGAGGAUGGGAGCCAGUAUUUGGAAAAGUCGUGGACAAACACAGAAGCACUACCAGGCUCCAUCGACAAUCUAGUACCACAUCUCCAACAGAAGGAUCACCACCCUCAUCAAAAAACGAAGACGAGCAUGACCCGUCUCCAAAAGGCGCAGCCGAUAAGAAGCACGAGCCUGAUCCAAUUGAAGCAAAGGUUGAACGACAGCGAGAAACGGUUCCACAAAUGAAGGGCCAGAUACGCGUACUCAAGACCCUUGGCCCUUGGAUCGGCGGAAGCUUGCUUUGCCAACUAAAAGUGCCCGCUAUGGCAGUUAUCGACAGAGAAGCCUGGCUACAGCAUGGUGCGAAUGGAGCUUCUCGACCAAGUGAAGUCGAUUACAAGGUGCAACAGAGACAGAGCAUGCAGGCAGGAGGAUAUAGUCGUGGAGGACAUCAUGGUAACUGGACUUUGGGCGUCUGGGGCUCGAUAUAA